UAGUAUACAGGGCCUCAGCUACAGGAAUAUAUUGUAGUGAGGCAGCCCUUCUCUCUCUGCUUACCUCAAGUGUGUAGUAUACAGGGCCUGGAUUCAUCAAACUUAGCAGCUAUGGCCACUUACAAGGGCCAUGUUAUCAUGCCACUACCAGAGCCGUUCAGGAUCCACUGGUAUAGAGAAACGAAUGAAAGGAUGAUUGAGACAGUGAAGCAAUUCCUGGAGAGAAUGUGGCUUGCCGUUUUAAAGGCCUAAGAGAGAGAGAGAGAGAGAGGGAGAGAGAUCAAGAACAAGAUCAAGAAAUUAUCAGGUGACGAAGAAAGGAAGGAAAGAUUUUUAUUUUCCCUUUUCCUCGUCCACAAUGUUCGCAGGACUCUCCUCCAACAAUACACAAGACCACAGCCGGCCAGAGUUGUAUGAAGAAGUGAAGCUUUAUACUAAUGCAAGGGAGAGAGAAAAGUACGACAACCUUGCUGAGCUGUAUGCGGUUAUCAACACACUGCAGUCACUAGAGAAGAUGUAUAUCAAGGAUGUGGUGCCCCCGAAAGAGUACACAGCAUGGUGCAGUAAACUCUUGGUGCAGUACAAGGCAGCCUUCAAACUGGUGCAGUGUGAAGAGUACCCCACUGUGGAGAAUUUUGUCAAGAAGUACAAGCUGGACUGCCCUGCUGCACUGGAGCGUAUAAAGGAAGACAAACCAAUCACAAUUAAGGAUGACAAGGGGAACACAAGUAAAUGCAUUGCUGAUAUUGUCUCGCUGUUCAUUACCGUCAUGGACAAACUCCGUCUUGGCAUCAAUGCAAACGAUGAACUUCAGCCUGACCUCAAGGAUCUCCACGACAACAUGACCCGACUCUCUCUCAUCCCUCAGGACUUCGAGGGUCGUAUGAAGGUCAGGGAGUGGAUAGGGACCUUGGAGGGAAUGACUGCAGAUGAAACACUGUCAGAAACUCAAGUUCGUCAGAUGAUAUUCGACCUUGAGUCUGCCUACAACGCUUUCAAUAGGCUCCUCCAGCACACUUAGGCCUAUUGGGAGGCUGUGUGUGUGUAUGUGUGUGUGUGUGUGUAGGUAGGUACGUAGGCAAGUUUUUUUUUUUCUAUUACGUAUUUUUUUAUAUAUAUUUUUUAUUUAUUUAUGUGUAGUAAUGUUAUUUUUAGUACAUUAUUAUGCCCCAAACAAUAAAGAAAAUGAGGAAUUAUUUUUGAGAGAGAGAGAGAGAGAGAGAGAGAGAGAGAGAGAGAGAGAGAGAGAGAGAGAGAGAGAGAGACCUAUUCUGUUAAAUCAUUAUUAUUUAGUGUCACGUUACAAGUAUUAGUUAUUAAGUUGAUGCACGGUGUAAGGAAAUGCACUGUAAUGUGUUAUGUAUUCUUGAGAAGCCCUGGAGCCUUGGUGGUGGUGAUGCAGUGGAAGCAGAGUACGAUAAUAGCAAAAAUAUGCCUAGUCUUCAAUCUCUAUGUUUAUGUUAUAAGAUUAAAGUGAUUAUAUAAAAUAUUUCUUUAUUUAAUAAUAAUAACGAUACUAAUGAUGAAAAUAGGGGUUCUUUGUAAUAUUAUAAAUUAGUGGUAGGACAAUAGUAGAGCUUUGUAUAAUCGUCUUCAAUAUCUGUCCAUUUCUGUAUUAUAAGGUAAAUAAAUAAAUAAAAUGCUCAAUGCAAGAUUUCUCUACAAUACAAUAAAGAUGAUAAAAC